AUGGCUCUCGUCGACUACUCAUCCUCAGACUCCGAGUCUGACGACAAAUCCGGCUCCGACUCCCACCGUGUCAAACGCCGCAAGGGGUCUGACGGCAUCACGGCCCACUCUAGGACACCGGAUGGAGAUGCAGGUUCCGUGACCAAAGACCAUGCUGGCUCUAUGCCACCGUUGCCCGAUACCUUUCAUGAUCUGUAUGCUUCUACUGUUCGCCAGAGUGUAGUCGAUGACCCAAGUUUGCAUCAUGGGCGGAAACGUCAAGUUCCUCAUGUAGUUGGCAACUGGCCAAGUCAUAUCUAUACAGAAUGGCAUCCCUCUACUGUACAGCAUGGCAUGUUGACUAGUCUAAUCGCAGACAUUGAGAAGGAAGUGUCAAGCGAGAUCAAGCUUCAUAAUUUCUUAACCAGCGAUUUGGGGUCGCCUCUCCCACUGCACAUCAGUCUGUCGCGGCCGUUAUCUCUCACCACGGGGAUCAAAGAUGAGUUCUUUGAUAAGAUAACAGAAUCCCUCAACAGUAGUGGGAUCCCUCCUUUUGUUGUCAGGCCGCAGUCACUCGCAUGGUUUAAGUCACCCGAUUCUGAUCGCACAUUUCUUAUCCUCCGUGUAACCAGUGGCUUAAGUCCUGCAACCGACAGUAAAGACGCAACAAGACCGCUGAACCCAGAGCUCAUGAGCUUGUUGACGCGGAGUAACGCAGUUGCAACUCAGUUUAGCCAGCCAGCCUUGUAUCAACGCGAUGCAAAAGAGCCAGUUGGGGAAGCAUUUCAUGUAUCUAUCGGCUGGACAUUUAAUCUACCAGCUGAUGAAAUGACUCUCAAAACACUACGAUUGUUCAAGCAACCCAAGUUUGACGACAUACGGAAAUGGGAGAUUAGCAUCCCAGGCGUCAAGGUCAAGAUUGGAAACGUUGUGAAUCACAUCGCGCUGAAAGAGAUCGGCCGAAGCGGCGCGCCAACAAAAUCCCCAUUGUUCCUAAAGACAUGA